AAUUUAUAGUUGGUUUAUUAUUAAUGUAAAUAAUUAAAUAUGUUAUAUUAACUAAUUUUAAUUGGUCACUUGUUCCGGUUAAUAGAUUAGAUUAUACUCGAUUAGAUAAGUAACCCUAGGGUUAACUUAUUGCUGCUGUAAUUUUCUUCGGUGGUGGUGUUAUUUUAUUUAUUAACUGUUUUCAUAACUCUUGCCUUAAUAAACCCUUGCCGUGUUUGCUUCUUCUCUUUUUUUUUUUUUUUUUUGUAACUGAAGUUUGCUUCUUCUCCGAUGGCCAGUUCUAGCGAGGAAGCUAAUUUAUUGGGUAAGCGAAAGCCGGAAGAUGGUUUGCUGACCGAACCGGUUCUGAAGAAACAUAAAGAAAAAUCUGAGGAGAAGGAGAUCGAAGAAGCAAGGUUUGAGCUGCUGUUGUCUGAUAUUGAGGCUGCUACUUCGGUAUAUAAUUUUCUGACAACGAAAGGAUUUGCUGUUGAGUCUAAUUCAAUCUCAGUCGAAGGACUUGAUGAAACACCUGCCGAGACAGAACCUAUUCAGGAACCAAAAAAGACGCUCUUUGUUUCUCAUCUCCCUGCCUACACUAAAAUAUCAGAUAUCGUCUGUUUCUUCCAAAACGUUGGACAAGUUGUUCGUGUUCGACUUGUCGUCGACAACCGGGGCGUUUUCAUGGGCGAUGCCUUUGUUGAGUUUGCUUCUAACGACCAAGCAAACAAGGCACUGAAAGAAAAGAAGUGUGAUAAGUUUAAGAACUGGCGCAAAAUUGUUCUUGGUGUGGCUGAUAAGGGAGAGGGAGCUCCAUUCUUUCCACCCAAGUAUUGCAUAGAUCACAAAGUUUGGUACCUCGAAGAUGACGAAGACUACCUUCAACAAGAAGUAGAGGAAGAUGAGGACUACCUUCAACAAGUAGAAGAAGAAGAUGAAGAUUACCUUCAACAAGUAGAAGAAGAAGAUGAAGACUACCUUCAACAAGAAAGCCUUCCCAUUGAAGAAGAAGAUGAGACACCUCCCAAUGCUGAGGAAGAUUCCGUACUCUUCAUUGCCAAUCUGUCUCCACAAACAACUAAAAUAUCACAUAUCAUCAAGUUCUUCAAAUAUGGUGUUGUUAGUGUGCGAUUUAUUGUAAACCGCCAGCGUAAGCAUUUGGGUUAUGCCUUUGUUGAGUUUGUUUCUCCUGAACGAGCUAAUUUGGCGCUGAAAAAGAAGAAUGGUGAAUACUUGCACGAUCAUGAGAUUUUGUUGAUGAAAAGACUUGAGGUGGACACUCCCCAUUCUGCUGAGACAGUUGUCAGUGUAAGAGAUAAGACGCUCUUUGUUGCCCAUCUCUCUAAGCAAACUAAAAUAUCAGAUAUCAUCAAUUUCUUUAAAGAUGUUGGAGAAGUUGUUCAUGUUCGUCUUAUGGUAGGCAAAGGUACCGGUCUGAUGGGGUCUGGCUAUGUUGAGUUUGCUUCUGCUGCCGAAGCUGAGAAGGCGAUGGAGAAGAAGAACGGCAAAUAUUUAAACAGACGCAAGCUUUAUUUAUCUUUCGUUAAGGAGCCUUCACGAUUCAAGUAUUGCAUAGAUUACAAGGUUUGGUUCGAAGACUAUGUUCAGCGAGAAAACCUUCUGCUACAAGAAAAUGCAUCAAUGGAAGGACUUGAUGAAACUCCAGACUUUGUUGAGGAAGUUUCAUCGAGUAAGAAGACUCUCUUUGCCGAUAUCUCCCAUAAAAAAAUCGUGCGUUUUAACAUACCAAAUAUCAUCAGUUACUUCGAAGAUUUUGGAGAAGUUGCUAGUGUUAGACUUAUUGUAGACCGCCGGGGCAUAUCUUCGGGCUGUUGCUGUGUUGAGUUUGCUACUUGUACCGAAUCAAAUAAGGCUAUGCGAAUUAACCAGCAUGUUAAGGGGAUUUUUGUCAAGAUGCUUGAGAUAGCUCCAUACCCUUUCCGACCCAAGUACAACCUUACCGACCUUGCAGAGAAGCUUUGGUACGAAGACGAGCUUAGACGAGAAGGCUUUGGUUUGCCGACCAGACCAAAGCCGGAGAAAGAGCCCUGCGUCGUUCGAAAGACUACCUUCUGCGGUCAGAGGAUUACCUUCUCUGACGAAGACUAAUAGAAGAAGAUGGUGAUGCUCUUUGGUGUCUAUAACUUAUGAUACAAUGCAACUUGAGUUGAUUAAUCAUCUUUUUUUAGGUUCUUUGUUUCUCAAUGGAAAAGGAAUUUUUAUUGAUAUGUUUGAGACAUCAAAAAGAACAUGUCAAUCUUGUAGUUCA